CUCUCCCCAAUUUCUGCUGCUGACUGACCCCGCUACGUAGGCCCUGUCUCUCUGUCCUCCAGCGUCUCCUUGCGAUCCUCGGCGGACCCUUGUUGAGGAAGAGGCACGCAAGGCACGCAAGGUCUAUCUACUCCCAAUUGGUCGUGGAUGAUAGCUGGGAGCGAUAGAUGAGAGCGGCGGAAUUUUGAAUCUCGCGGCCGAUUUUCGCGAAGGCACCGCGAGUGCAUCGAGUGUUUUCAACACGCAGGGACAGGGGAGAGAUGAAGCCAUCGUGCUCUAUGCUUGCAGCAGUUGUCGUGCUCACCGCACGAUCUUCAGUAUCAUUCCACUGCUGCAGCUGGAGGGCGAAGCAGCCGCGUCAUCACCAGCUGAAGCAGCAGCACAAGCACCAGCAGUUCUUCGCCCCUAUGCAUAGGAUGGACCGGGAGCAGCAGCACUCAACCUCCAGAUGGCGCCGCCGAAGUUCGCUCCAGCUUUCCGGAGUCGGGUCCACCGUCGCUCCACCUCCGACUACUCAGACCACGGCUCGCGGAGGUGGCGAAGAUGGCAUUCGAGAACUCACAAGAGAGGAGAGCGAGGCCGCAAUACUGUCGUUCGCAGAUUCCGCGAAGAGGCACUCCCGCACACAGUCGGAGUACGACGACCACAUCGAGUUGCUACAAGGGAUGCGAUCAUGGGGGCAACCUUUGACGCAAAAGCGCGUCGGGUGCAAGCGCUUAGUGUUGGGCAACUUCAAGCGAGGAAACCUUGUCUGCAUCGCCGCAGCGCAGGUGGUGUGGAGCACAGGAUAUCUCAGCCGGGACGUGCGAUUAUCCCUGGCACUCAUUGCGGUCAACCCUAAGUAUGACAUGCGAAAGGUUGGCUUCGAGACUAUCAAGCGGAUGAAGUCCUUCGGCAUGCAGAACGCUCUACUGCUGGAUCUGUCGCCGUUGAUGGCGGUGCCGCGGCUAAGGGUGUUUUGUUUGGAGUCUACUCAAACGCUUGAUGAGGAUCCGGAAGGAGUGUUCCAGGACCCUCUCGUGCAGCAAUACAACAGCCGUGUGCGGCGAAGCUGCUACGUGUUGGACGAUAUCCCCACGUGGGCGGACUUGGGGCCGUACUGGUACGAGGGGGUUCUCCCGCGAAGCGUCCGCUUCUUCUUCCGGAAACGGUUUCACGCGGUGAACGAGUUUGAGGUGACGUUGCAGCGCCCAGGGGCAGGGCUGAGCACAGGGAGCGGGACUGUGGGAGGGGCCCGCGUCAUCGCAAUGGACGAGGCGGAGGCAGCCACCGAGAUCCCUGGACACGGCAAGGUUAGGGAGAUCGAACGACGGCUGGCAAGCCGCCUUCUAGAAGAGAUGCAAGGCGAAAACCCGGUCCGUUCUGACUGAGCCCACGGACAAAUGAGGGUGUUGUUGAUGGAGUAUGCUCAAGUCACGUUUGAGAGGCGUUUGAUUUUUGGUGCCCACUUUCUGCUGUUUUUUCAGCGGGUCGAAUGGAAUGCGGCUUGGUUGGUGCAUACACAGUCUACUUCGAAUUACAUCGCCGUGUUUUUGCGGCCAUUUGUCGCGUGGCUUUCCUGUCGUUGGACGGUUCAAGGCAAACUGCUGACGGUUCAUGCACACAGGCGGGUUGGGAUGGCAUGGAACAUUCAUUGACGCCCUCGAGACGCCAAAAAACUCCACCGACAGAGAGGGAGCAGCGGAUAGGGUACAGAGAGCAUUGUAGAUUUUCAGAAGCGGUGCGCCGAGUGACAAAUAUUAAUUGUGUAUAUACACGGAUUAUUCAUGGAGUUAGUCUUUAGCGAGCCCCAUAGAGUGCCGAGGUGGAGCUAGCUGCAGUGUGUGAACAGGAUGAUGCCAGUUUGGCGAAAUCGCAUGUGGCCAACGAAAAGCGCGAUCAGCACGUGCGAAGGGUGUCGUUGUUGAAUGGAAAGUAAACAGCAGUGUCGUGGUGGAAAACCCGGGAGGCCCCUAGUGGGCCAGUGUCUUAUACCCCUAUGUUGGUUCGUUUGUUGUGUUCUAUACUAUACUGUUUUCUGUAUUCAAGGGGAGGCCGUAUUCAAGAGGAGCGUGGGCUGUGGUGCUGUACUUGAGAAGAAUGGCUAAGGGUGGUAUGGUGAUGGGGGGCUUUCGCAGGGGCUCGAGAAAAGGGGGUGGUUGUGUAUCGAUGGAUAGGCGAGAACACAGAUAGCGCCCGCACUUAAAAACUUAGCAGUUAAGAAAUUGAGACUCGCAAUAAAUCAGAAGCUAAGAACUUGAUCACCAUUCGUGAGCUCGGUUAAGAACCCCUCUCUAAAACCUAUAUUGCGGCCAUUUGUAGCCCACAAGAGGAUGAUCAGCAAAAUAAGAACCCCAGCCUCGGCCGAAACUAGAGGUUCUUUAGUGCGGGCGCCAUCUGUAGCAAACGCGGAUGAGAAUGAUGUAAACUAUUGCUGUGGGUGCUGUGGUGCGAUCGGGCGGUUGGGUUUGUUUCGUGUGGAGGAGAUCUAGGGCAUCGGAGAUGAUUGUCGAAGUACGGAGUGUGCGAUGUAAAGACUGUGACGUGCACACGUUCUUCGUGGAGACUGGUCGGGAUGGAUGCAAUUCAAAUGAAAGAGGCUGCCAUCACACCAUUAGCGGGAAAUCAUGACAAAACUCUCUUCCUCAU